UCUCCAUUGUUGGUUUGUAGCUCUGAGUAGAAAAACCCAAACUGAAUUGCUUUCAGGCCAAGACCUUCUAUAAGAAAAUGGGAAAUCUCAGGAAAGUAUGGGGUUCCAUUUCAAAUAAUUUUUUCAGGAGAUGAGGUUGGUGAACACUUUUUUGUCACGGGAAGGAAGUCUACCAACUCUACUGCGACCUCAUUCGUAUCAAGAAGUUCAUCUCGAAAGUAAUAAUGUAAAGUUGUGAUGCUUUUGAAACGGAGAAAUCAAAACCAGACUUUGAAUAGGCCAAAAAGAUCCCUGUGAGCCAUGUGGAAUCAAUCAUACAAGUCCCACUAGGCAAUACCAAAACAAGUGAACCCCCCCGCAUGAUUUCCACACUGAAAAAGCCAACCCACUGCUUCUCACUCUUCCCACCAAGAAGAUUCCAUGGAUUUCCCCUCAACCCCAUUUCAAUUCACCUACAUUCUCGUUUCCUCUUUCCCUCUCCUCUUCGUUGAGCCUCGGUUCUUGACCUGAGUGGGUUUUUCUCUGCUUCCAAAGAUGAGUAAUCUUGCUGAAACUGCACCCAUCUCCAGUGCCCACAUCCCAACCCUAAAACUCAUAGAUUGUUCUCUCAGACUCUGUGUGAUCCCUCUCAGUGUUGCUACCAUAUGGCUUACUGUAACCAACCAACAGGAUACUAGCAUCUAUGGGAAGCUAGAGUUCAGCAAUCUCACCGGGCUCAAGUACAUGGUUUGUAUCAGUGGGGUUUCUGCUGGUUAUGCUCUUGUUGCUGUUGUUGCUUCAUGGGUCAGAUGCUUAGUUAAUAAAGCAUGGCUCUUCUUUGUCUCGGACCAGAUUAUGGCUUACUUAAUGGUCACAUCAGGGGCUGCAGUGUUGGAGAUACUGUAUUUAGCUUACAAAGGUGACAGGGGUGUGUCAUGGAGUGAGGCCUGCAGUUCAUAUGGGAGGUUUUGCAGUAGGGUCAAUUUGGCUCUGGCUCUUCAUGCAUUGGCUCUGUGCUGCUUCCUUGUUUUAGCUGUGAUCUCAGCCUAUAGGGUUUUCAGCAUGUUUGAGCCCCCUGUUUCCUCCAAAGAGUUGGAAGAAGAAAGGGCUUCAUGACUUCUCAAAUGGGUAUUUUUUUUGGGUACUUCAAAAAAACAAUAUGAUGAUGAUGAUGAGUUUAUGUAAUAUUUCUUUCAAUGAACUCUGUAUAAUAUCAAAAAUGAAAAUAAUAAGCUCUCCCAAGUUCCCCACUA